UUGACUUGGUCAAAGCAGUCGAGUAGUGUUUUUUUUUGGAUUUUGCGUGGCUCUUUCCACUUGAAGUCGUGACUGAGAGGAGCUUGCCUUUGAAACCUGACACCCAUGCUGAGUGGUUUGUCAUCCCCCCCCCACAUCUUCUCCACCACUGCCUCUUUAAAUGUUGAGUGUGAUGAAUAAUCACUUGUAUCUCAGGAGGAGCUUAAGGUCCCCACCUUCCAAAAAGGAGGAGAAAAAAAGUAAUGUCCAUGGAGGUGGCUCCAGUGCAACCCUUCGCCUUGCCCAGGGCUGUCCCUUUGACUGGUUUAUCUAGAGCAGAAACUUAAUGAAGGGCUGUACAUAUUUUUUUUUUCUCCUUCUUUGAAGAUGAGGGCAAGGGCUGGGCAAUGAGAGAGCUGCCUUAACUGGGGCAUCAUUACUUUGGUGUUAAUUGCUUUGAAUGCUGUUGAUUUAAGAUUUUGCUGAGCUUUGAGACUGAGGUUCCAGUAGGCCCUGAUGUGCAGGCUUAUUCCGUGGAUAUCAAAGAGCCACCUCUUAAUGCCUUGUUGAAGAAGAAGGAAAAAAAAAACACUAAUGGAUUUUUAUGAAAGUCACUCUCUAGGGAAGGUGGAUUUGUCCAGCAAAAGGCCUGUCUUGGUUCUACAGAAUGAAACCCUCUAUUCCCAAAGGCGACCAUACACUAGUGAGGAUGAAGCCUGGAAGUCCUUCCUUGAAAACCCCCUUACAGCAGCUACCAAAGCCAUGAUGAGCAUCAACGGGGACGAGGACAGCGCAGCUGCUUUGGGCCUCUUGUAUGACUACUAUAAGGUUCCCCGGGAAAGGAAAGCUUCUACAAUGAAACCAGAUGUAGACCAGUCUGAUCAAGAUCAUGGGAAAAGGAACAGUAUGCCAAACCUGAUGGAACAGUCACUUAUUUCUGCUGGGGAGAACAGAGUGCAAGUCUUGAAAAACAUGCCUUUGAAUAUUGUCCUUCCACACAGUUCCCAAAUGGGCAUGGACAAGAGGGGCCACCUGACAACCCCAGAUACUACAGUCACUGUCUCCAUUGCAUCUAUGCCCACCCAUUCCAUCAAGACAGAAACUCAGUCACACAGUUUCACUGUGGGCAUCCCUCCAAAUGUCUAUCACCCAGAAGCGCCGGAGAGGGUGGUAGCUUUAGACCGGAGCCUCAACACCGACCAGUUUAGCACCAACAGCCAGCCUCAAAAUUCCCAGCGACGUACUCCUGAUUCCACCUUCUCAGAGUCUUUUAAAGAAGGUGUGCAAGAGGUUUUUUUCCCUUCUGAACUGAAUCUUCGGAUGGCCAAUGUGAAUUCUGAAGACUAUGUGUUUGAAAGCAUUACUGGGAACAACUUUGAAUAUACGUUGGAAGCUUCAAAAUCACUUCGGCAGAAGCCAGGAGAUAAUACGAUGACUUAUCUAAACAAGGGCCAGUUUUAUCCCAUUACACUGAAGGAAAUUAGUGGUGGUGAAGGAAUCCAUCAACCCAUCAGUAAAGUUAGAAGUGUCAUCAUGGUUGUAUUUGCUGAGGACAAAAGCCGGGAGGAUCAGCUCAGGCACUGGAAGUACUGGCACUCCAGGCAACACACAGCUAAACAAAGGUGCAUUGACAUAGCUGAUUAUAAGGAGAGCUUCAACACCAUAAAUAAUAUUGAAGAGAUAGCCUAUAAUGCCAUCUCCUUCACUUGGGACAUUAAUGAUGAAGCAAAGGUCUUCAUUGCUGUGAACUGCCUUAGUACAGAUUUCUCCUCACAGAAAGGUGUCAAAGGCCUCCCUCUCAAUCUUCAGAUUGACACCUACAGCUACAACAACAGAAGCAACAAACCCAUCCACAGAGCUUACUGCCAGAUUAAAGUCUUCUGUGACAAGGGAGCAGAAAGGAAGAUCCGGGAUGAAGAACGGAAACAGAGCAAAAGAAAAGGCAAAUGCAGUGACCCCAGUUCUCAGCUGAAUGCCUUUUCUGAUGUCAAGGUACCCAUGCUUCCCUCCCAUAAGCGAACAGACAUCACCAUCUUCAAGCCAUUUAUGGAUCUUGAUACUCAGCCAGUUCUCUUCAUACCUGAUGUUCAUUAUUCAAAUAUUCAGCGUGGAACUCAUAGUUUUCCUGUUGCAUCGGAUGAAAUGGAAGGAGAAGGGUCUACCAUGAAGAGAGGGGCUUACAUAAAUGAAGAUGAAUUUGCUGCUAGUCCAAUUAAGAUAUCUCGAAUAGAAGAACCAAAAAGAGUGUUGUUGUAUGUCCGGAAAGAAUCAGAAGAAGUAUUUGAUGCACUUAUGCUUAAAGUUCCAUCUCUGAAAGGUCUUAUGGAAGCUAUAUCUGACAAAUAUGAUGUCCCCUUGGACAAAAUAGGAAAAGUCUUCAAGAAAUGUAAAAAAGGUAUUUUAGUGAAUAUGGAUGAUAAUAUUGUGAAGCAUUAUUCCAAUGAAGACACCUUCCAGUUACAGAUAGAAGAAGCUGUUGGAUCUUACAAACUCACCCUUACUGAAAUCUGAAACCUAAUUUGUUGGGCUCCUUGUGGUAUCUUUCAGUGAAGGCUCUAAAUACAAAACCUCGUUUGUUUUUGUCCUCAGGAUUUAAAUGUGUUUUUAAGGAAGAAGUCAUUUUAUUCUUCCAAAGAACCUUUGGAAUAUCGUUUUGUUUUGUUUUUUUAAAAAUAAGCAUUAUCAAUUGAUAAAUCAGGCCUUUUGGCUGCAACACUGCACUUGAAACAGAAGAACAGACAUUGAUUUUAUUUUUUAAAAAAAUGAAAUUUGCAUAAAUAAUCAAAGCACAAUUAAAAUGAACUUGUUAUAUUAUCAACACAUUCCCUUAUCCAUUAAAUAUGUGUGUAAGUUUCUUUAUCAGCUCAGAACUUCCAAACUCCUUUGGUGCUUAUAGGAGUUUCAGAAAAGUGUAGGAUUGGAUUGUUGUGAUGUUUACAGCUGCCCAGGACAUAAGACUAUAAUUUUCUGCUACAAUUUCUUGUUUCUUGCUUUAUGAAGAACUUUAAUUGUGUGUAGCCCACUGAUGAACUAUAUCUGUAUAUAAGUGUGGUGUAUUUUGAAGGGUUGUAAAUGUGUACAUAGAUUAUAUUAUAUAUAAUAUUCAGGAUAUACAGUGGUAUGAUUAUAUAUCUAUGUGCAUGCAUAACAUAAAGCAUAUGACAAAGCCAACUUGAAAAGGUUAUAUGUAUAUAAAUAUAUCACUAAGAAAAGCAAUCUUGGUGCUAAAUUAAAUUUUUGUUGAGCAUAUUCAAUCUCUUGUAAGGGAAAAUAGGUAAAAGGACAUUUUUGCAUACUUUAUUUAAUUUCUUUUUAUUAUUAGAGUCUGAGAUGAGACUUGCUCAUGUACCCUAUGAUUAUAACUGAAGAAGCAUUAAGCAUCAGAACUGGUAUUAGUGACUUUGGGAUUCAGUUCUCACUGCAAUUUCAAACACUAUUAUUUUCUUUGUUCUAAAAUGUAGAUGCCUACCAUUUUAAUACAAGAAACAGAGAUUAUAUUCUCACCAUUUUCCAUUAUAAAUCAGAGUACAUUUGCAAGGUUUACGGCACAGAAUAGAUGCCUCCAAAAAUAAGCUCUGUAAACUGCUAUGGUAGCAAACAAUAAUCCUGGUUCCAUUCAACAUGCUACAUAAAUCAUUAUGUAGUUUGUUUUGUGCAGGGAUUUCCAAGCUGUGCAAACCCCAAAAUGGAAGUUUAAGAAGAUUGUGAUUUAAUCAACAAAAGGUCAUUAAAAAAAACAUAACUUAAAAUAAUAUGUGAGCCAGACAGCAUAAUGGGAUUCUUAAUGGAGUCCACCUACACCAGUGCUAGUUACACAGAUGUGAAUUCAAUAUAUGUUUUGAGGAGAAAGUGAUGUAGCCAGUCAGGAGACACACAUUACCUACUACAACUAGCCAAUAAAACUACUUGUUAUUUCUUUUGGUUGCCAAAAUUUUAUUUGGGCUACAUGUUUAUUUUGAAAUACGCUUUCUCCAUACAACCUGCUUGCACACUAUAUAAUACAUGUGACCCCCUACUCCAGAUUCCUUUUGGUCAGACUCCUACUUUAUUUGAUAUGGUUAGGUUUGUAUAUUAUUUUUAUUAAUCACUUUGAAUGUCUUUUAUGGGGCCCAAAAAUAUUUUGAGCAAAUAUAAACAUUAAUAGUAGCAGAGGAAAAAAAAAACAUUCACAUGAAUGAAGCCCAUUUCAAAAUGCCAUUUAAGUGAUAAACCUGCAUUGUUCGCUGGCUCAUGACUUUUCUGUCAGUCUCCCCCAACCUCCCAAGUCCUGACAUAUUAGCUAAAUUACAAUCCAAUACCUCUAUACAGCAUGAAGCUGAGAAGGUUAAUUUUGCAACAGGCUAGCACAAAGUUUUGCCUGGAAUUUUGAACACUUAGGCUCUUUGUUAUUUGAUUUCUUUAUCUAUUGUGUGUGGUUCUUAUUACCACUAUUAUUAUUAUAAUUAUUAUUAGUAUUAUGUAUAUUGCAUAGCAAUAGAAUCCUGAGAAAUGUUGAAUAGAUGUAUAUGUUGAAGCAAACCCAGAGAAUCCUUCCUAAAAGAAAAAUCUAAUAACUUUAAUAAACUCUAAUAAUUGUAAAUAGUCAUGUAUUUACAGAUUAAGAUUAAAUAGAUCUUGUUGAUGAAAACUAGAAACAGUUUCUGAAAAUGCUGUCAUUAAUAAUUCAGAGUUGGAAGAUAUUAUAUAGAGAAUUUUUGUAUCUGUAAACAUGCAUGACAAUUUCUGUCUUUUGUAGAAAAUUUAGGUUUUGCUACAGAUAAAAUUGAGUAAAUAUAAGAUUUUUCUCUAUUAAGAAUGAAUGCACUUGUGGUUAUAUUUAUAUGUAAUGUAUGAAUUAAACUGUUGAUUUAUUUUGUGGGACAUGGGGCUUUUAACCAUAGCCAUAUUUGUAGAGUUCAAUGGAAGUGAUUUUGCCCAUGUUUGCCUUUAUGUGUCUGUGUAAUUGAACAUUUGCUGUAAGGCAAGAGCAAUUAAAUUUUAUAUGUCCAUUUGUAACCA